AAAAAGCGAUAACGUGAUCACAAAAUAAUAUGGCUGAUAAUGAGGAAGUCGACCAAAAUGAAAAAGAGCGAAUGGUCAGACAGCUGAAAUUUUUGUACAAGGGGCGAUUCAAUGAUGAAGAAGCGAGAAAAAAUUUCGAUCAUGUGAACUGGGAUAUUGAAAGAGGUCUAAAGUUCGUUAGUGAAAGUGAAUCGUCUGAAAUUAGGGAAAUUAUAGGACAAUCAGAGGAUUCAAUAAAUGCUAUCAAAACAGACCCGAAUAUCAUCGAUCUUCUGAAGAAUGGCAUAAAAAAAGCGACUAGACAGUUUGCUUGUGAAUCUUGUGAUCAUGCCUGGUGGAGAAAGGUGCCCAUGUCAAAAGAGGUAUCAGAAUGCAGAAAAUGUAAAAAGAAAUAUGAUCCAGUUCCACGUGAAUUCGAAUGGGGAUUGGCAACUUAUCAUUGCGAAUGCGGCAAUGAGUUUAGUGGAUCUGGGCAAAAGAACACCACUGCACCUUGCUUCGAAUGUGAAAGAUCAGUUUAUCCAACGAGAAUAGGACCGUUUGGUAGACGUCGUGUGAAAAAGUCUGCCAACCAGCAUUGUUGUGACGCACCAGAUUGCACUGGGCAUGAUCCAGUACAUAUACAUGAUAUUGACCACGACAGAGUAUACGAUGAUGGUACUGAUAACAGCAGACCUGUGAGAUCUUCCCGGCCCGAAGAAGUUGACGAUGUGACGGGACAAGUAGAAAACCUUUAUGUUAGACAUGCGCCUAUUCAAAAUGCAAAUAGACAGCAAAACUACAACACACGAAGACGACGUAUUGGAAUAAGCACAUGUGUAAGUCCUGAAUCCAGAGUAAACAAGAAAAGAGUGGUUUAUCCAAGUGAACCCCACAUAAGUACAGGAUCAACCAUAGCUACAUUCCUUUCUCAGAGUGACAUAGCAUCAUCAUAUAUGCCUAGUCUGGCUUCGAUUCCAGAGUAUCAUGGCCGAGGUGGUCGUGGUCGUGGCCGUGGAGGGCGAAGAUAUUAGUUAGUUGUUUCAUUUGUUUUAUGACAGUCAACUAAUAUUCUUAACUUUAAAUACGAUUCAGCAUUUGAUUAAUAAUUUAAUUCAGCAUUUCGUUAUAUAUUAUAUUUUUCCCAUUUACGUGGUUUAUUGUGUUUAUCCACCAGUUAAUGAAUGAACUCAAAUUGAUAUAAAUAUUCAAUAAAUAAAAAAUGUUCAUUUUG